CGAGGAUAUUUAGGAAAUUCGAAUUAUUCGAAUUUAAAUUUUAUUUCGAAGAAUCGUUUCAGCGUAAAUAGGCGCUUUUCUUAUUUACUCUUUACGUUCGAAGGAUGAAUUAUACAUAUUUCCCUGCCAAACCGACCAGUUCCCUCUAUCUUCAACGAAGGUACCAAAUUAAGCAGCACGAGGAGCAUUUGGAGAGGAUAAGAAACGCAAAGUCUGUAGUGGAUAACAAGCCACCUGCCACUUUCUGGCACACGCGUUUAAAUUUGAAAAAACUGCAGCCUGUGAAGAACGUGCUGAAAGUUGCCAAGAAUAAUAAAGAGGUGAAGAAGAAUGUGGACAGAAGGAAGGUCGUUUCCAAAAGCAAUUUUAACAAAGGGUCUGAUAAAAUGGACAAAACGAAGAAAUUUCACGACAAUUCAGAGUACACUGAAGAAAGAACAGAUGUCGACGAAGAAAAUAUUAUUAAUGAAGAAUCAGACGAUUAUGAAUCUGAUAAGGAGAGGAUAGUAAGUGAUGGAGAAGUAUCAAGCAGCGAAGAAGACAUCUUGGAUCGCUUAAUUGGAUCUUUAAUGGAGGGAAAUGAUAAUGGAAUAUGCGAUUCCAGUAGAAAAUGCAGAAACAAACAAAAACCGAAAACACCGGUUUAUCAAAUCAAUUCCAAUAAAAAUUACAAAUUUAAAAAAUUCAUAAAGCCAAAUCGUAACAAAAUCUAA